AUGGAGCAAGUUCAGGAAUGGUUGAAGAAGAAUGGUUUUGAAGAAUAUUGUGAGAGAUUCCUUGGUAAGUUAUUGCGGAAUAAUAUAUUAAUGCGCUACGUAAAGCCUUAGGGCGAAGCGCCUUUGGCGUUUGCCACAUAUCAGCCGAUUAACGGCGCAGAGUAUUGAAGUUUCAAGCUUAGUUAUAAGUUUGUGUUUUUGAAAUACCUUCUGCUUUGUUCAUUUGUGUGAAUGGAUUCGGUAAUUGUGACUUUAGGGCCAUUUAUACGAGCGAAAAUAAGCCACGGCCUAAAUAGGCCGCGACUUAAAUAAGUCGCGAACGACUCGUAUAAACAGUCAAUUCGCGCUAAGCCACGGCUUAUUUAGGCCUAGCUUUCAAGCCUGGGCUUAUUUUAGCCACGGCUUAUUGCAAAUUGACUGCUUAUACGAGUCGUUCGCGACUUGUUUAAGCCGCGGCUAAUUUAGGCCGCGACUUAUUUUCGCUCGUAUAAAUGGCCCUUUUGUGAGCCAGCCCGCAGCCGAAAUACCGUAUAAUUUUAAUAUAUCAAAAGUCGUGCGCGCCAAAAUAUCGUGCGCGUCACCAAAUAUAUUUUAUUGCUGGCAUUGCUAGAGGAUAAAUUUGAACUACAGCGAAUGCCGAUCGGCGCUUCUAUCACAUGGCGAACGACGUGUGUAUAAUGGCAUGUUUGUAAUGAAAAAGAUAGUAAAAAUAAGAUAUGGACAAAUCAAAGUGCUAAUUUUUUGAAUUGUAAAUCGCCACGUGCAAAAGACAGGAUCGUUCCUAUUUGCUCAAGCAUCAAUUUGCGGGACUAGUCAUGGGUGGAUGUAUUCUCGUUGUUGAUUACUUAUAUUUUUAAGAAUAACAUAUCAGUUCAUAUUAAAAUGAUUACAAUAAGUUUGUGUAGCCUUCCAUUUUACGAUUUUUGCGCUCAGGCAAAAUGUCUUGAUGCUGACACGGGCGCGAAACAUGGUUCAUGUGCACGUGUUAUUUUAGGAGCAACCGGUUUCAUUUCACUACCUAACCCGCGAACAGGCAUACACUGGGAACGAGAGUGCUGUGCGUCCAGUGUAGUGUAGCCUGCAUGGCAGGCGGUACGUAGGAAAUACCGCCUGCCGCAAAACUGGGUGUAAAUGAACUACCGCCCCUGAAGCAUCAACGCUAUUUAUAGAUGCAUUAAUUAAGUAAAUAUUCAAAAUUAGCCACUCCCAAGCUGCUCCCAAGUCCCAACUGCCCAACAUAAAGUAAAUUCCUUGAUUCUCAUCACCGCCCGACUGAAUUUUAAAAUCCUCGUGAAAACGUUUUAUUUUUCGUUAUACAAUAUAAAUGUACCGCCCGACAAAAUAACUCAAGACAGUUAAUUUUUUCAUAUUUUAUAUAGAGUUUUUAUUGCCAUUUUAAACUUCCAAUUUGAAACAAACAGAAUUUUUAGUGAAAUUUCAUUGUAUUUUAAAGAAACUCAGUCAUUCUGUCAUCGUUCGUGGAGAUACGAACUAUUGAUAUAUAAAUUAUAUAAAUAUAAAAUAUAAAAAAUAAAUCUCCCACUGUCUUCGACAUUUCAAAGUGUAGACUCAUGUCUAGUGAUGAGAAUCAAGGAAUUUAUUUUAUGUGUUAAUAUAAACCAAGCCCGUUUAGCUGCCUUAAAACGGUGGUUUAAUAAGUUCAAAAUACAAAGCAUGCAAGUCUAUACUAUAGAUUCGUCAUCAGUCAACAACCAAAAUGAAAGUAUUGAACCUUAUAGAACGAUACUUUUUAUUUGUUUACAACUAUACAUAUUCAACGGUAUAUAAGAGUUUAACUGUUAUUUGAUAAUUUAUACUGCAUCAACCGGCCCCUUGACGGGCCCUGUUUGUACUUUGGAGGUUCGUAUAUAAUAUCUAUCAAGUAUCUUUGGUUCAGGACAUGAUAGGCCUACAUGAAAAUCCCACUGUUCGAUUCAGUGAAGAAAUAUAUAUGUCCUAAUUCCUAUCGAUAGUUUUAGUAAAAUGUCAACAUUAUUGCGAUUUAUGGCCUCUGAAAGUCAAGCGAGAUAGUAUAUUAUCGAAUUAAUACGCAUGUAAUUGUCUGAACGAAAAUAUAGACUAGCCCAUACCUUUCGCCGAUCAUAACUUCGGCCCCUUCGGACGUAUCUGCUUUGUUAAAUAUUCUUGUUCGAAUCUCUAUCAAUAACACUAUUUAGAGUGUUAUUUUUCAGCUUGUAUCUUUUAAUUUGCUUCUUUUGUUAUGCUAUUCCAUUUGUUGUCUGACUUGACGUGAACUAAUUUCAAAAUGCAGAGUUUCAAAACGUCAAAACAUUUGGUUAAUGAUUAACAUUUAACCGAAUUUAGCCGUUGAUUGACAACUACAUAAAAAUACUAACCAAUCCGUUUUUCCCGUUCACCAGCGGACGGGUAAUUCAAAAACCCCUAGUUUUGCGGCAGACGGUAUUUCUUUGCUUCCCUAAUUUUCGCUGCCCGUUGAAAUACCGCCUGCCAUGCAGGCUAAGUGUAGUGGUCCAUCCAGUGUCCACGCAUAGUCGCAUACUUUGUUUACAAAAUGUUUUGUUCCUUAAUUGUAAUGUUUGUUUUUGUAAAAUAUAGAAAACAGAAUUGAUUCUAAAGCCCUAAUGGCACUGAUCGAACGGGGUACGGAGUUGCUUAUCCCAAUUAUUGGUGAUAGGAUGAAAUUUAUUGAAGCUAAGGAGUCGUUUUCAAAGGAUAUGUCAAACAAUGUGGUUAUUAAUGUUGAAGAAAAUGUUGAAGAUGACCCACAGGAUGGUGUAGACAUCGGCGAAGGAACAUCUGUAAACACUGAACCAGUCGCUGCUCAAAACAAAGGAGACGACCUAAAUACAAGUGCCAG